AAAGUUGCGUGCCAGUCGGAAUCAGCGGGAGGGGCGACCGAGAUAACGCGAUAUUUGGGGGCUGCCCAGAGACGCCCCUGGCGCGGAUCCUAAAUCCUGACAGAGCUUUAUGGAGCCCAGUUCUGGCAGGCUUCCAGGACUCGAAGCCACCAGACCCCACAUGGAAUCAAGGGCUGCGUGUUCAGCUGCUGCACCCUUGAGAAGACCGUUCCAUGUUCUCUUGGGAGUCACUGGGAGUGUUGCAGCCCUGAAGUUGCCUGUUCUGGUAUCAAAGCUUUUGGACAUUCCUGAUCUGAAAGUAGCCGUGGUCACAACUGAGAGGGCCAAACAUUUUUACAGCCCCCGGGAUGUUCCUGUCACCCUCUACAGCGACGCUGAUGAAUGGGAGAUGUGGAAGUGCCGAUCUGACCCAGUUCUCCACAUCGACCUGCGGAGGUGGGCGGACCUUAUGCUGGUGGCUCCUCUCGAUGCCAACACUCUGGGGAAGGUGGCCAGUGGCAUCUGUGACAACUUGCUUACCUGUGUCAUCCGGGCCUGGGACCGCAGCAAACCCCUGCUCUUCUGCCCGGCGAUGAACACCGCCAUGUGGGAGCACCCCAUCACUGAGCAGCAGGUGGGCCAGCUCAAGGCCUUCGGCUACAUCGAGAUCCCCUGUGUGGCCAAGAAGCUGGUCUGUGGAGACCAAGGUCUGGGGGCCAUGGCUGAGGUGGGCACCAUUGUGGAUAAAGUGAAAGAAGUCCUCUCCCAGCACGGCGGCUCCCAACAGAGUUGAGCCCAGGAUUUCUGUCCCCCGUGUCCCUCUGAACUCAGGAGGUGUUUUCAGGCCAAGUCGGUGAAGAAAGUGGACUUAGCCAAAAUAUGGUGAAGACUUCUGCUUUCGCCAAGUAGUGGUCUGGCCUGGGCCUGCUCUGGAGCCUCCCGAGGGCCAUGACCUGCUCCAGGUCAAGGUAGAUCAAAGGCCCAGGUCCCAGCUUCUUCGAACCAGGAGACACCCGCUUUCCUGAGUUCCUCCCCACCUUUUCCUGGGG